AGGUUUCGACCACUCUCCUACACAGCCCGUCGCUGCCUGCUCGCUUCCUAUCCACCACCACCAGCCGCAGGCCCACCCACCAUGCCCGCAGCGACGACGAAGCAAGACUCGGCGGGCGAGGCUCCGCCCCCGCCGCCCCUGCCCAACCCGUCCACGGCAGCGCGAACCCUGCUGCGUCCCUGCCCGCUCUGUGGGGCUACUUGCAGCCCGCGCUCGACCACAUGGCCCCUGCGAUCGAGGUCAGCUACCACAUGGGCGUGCACACCGCCUCCGAGCAGGUGCCGCCCUCGCCCGGCCCGGUCUGGGGGCCGGGCUGCGCAUACCCGCCAGGACAAGGGCAAGGCGAGCGGGACGGACUUGUACGACCAGCUCGACCGCUACUACGCAGACGCCGCGCGCGAGAUCUUCCUCGGUGCGCCCACGGACGACAGCUCGCUCGUGCACUACCUCGUCCCCUGCUUCAACCGCUACUCCGCCGGCGCGCAGGCGGUCAGCCGCCUGCUCAACUACGUCAACCGUCACUACGUCAAGCGUGCCGUGGACGAGGACCGCGGCUGGCUCCGCCUCGCGGACGUCCUCGACGCCGUCGCGCGCACGAUCCAGGAGGACGACACGCGCGAGAAGAUCCAGCGCCGCCUGCGCGAGCGGCGCACGGAGGAGCUGAAGAAGUUUGGGUUCGUCGAGGGGGCGUCGCCCGCGGACAUCGCGUGUAUCGAGGAGUACGCGGAGGCGGCGAGCCCGCCCGACCGCGUCGUCCACCUUUCCGCCGUCGCCUACCGCCGCUUCCGCAUCGAGGUCCUCGACCCUCUGCUCGCGGCGAAGAAGAAAAAGCCCCCACAGACGGGGGACAAACCGUCUAUGCCGAAGGGCCGUCUCGCGCGGUCGGUGAAGGAGCUGCUGGAGUCGGAGGGUGGAGACGAGGAGGAGAGACGACGACUCGGGGGCGGUUUGGCCAUCGCCAUGAGAACAUGCGGUAUAAAGGUCGACCAUCCACUCCGCAAGAAGCUCGAUAAAUACAUACCGCCUGCUCAGCCUACUGCGACAUAG